CUGAUAGAUGCAAAAAAAAAUGGAAAUCAAGUUUAUGUGAGAUUACGCGCGCAACGCUUAAGGAAAUAGGAAAUUAAUAAAGUAGAAACCGACAGCUUUAGUAUUAAAAUUUAUUUAUUUCUUUUAGAUCUAAAACAAAGUAGAAAAUGUCGGCAACAGAAAAUUGCAACACAAAGAACUGGAAACAUCCAGACGAGCUCAUUAAAUUACAUCGUUUAAAACAAAAAAAAAAGCAGCUGACUGCGCGUUUGAAUCAGAACAACGCGCUGACUAGCCAAGAAAAACCAGGGAUAGAUAAACAAAGUUUGUUGGAGGCGAAAAUUGCGCAAAAACGAAAAAAUCCGUUUGCAAUCAAAUCUGUGGAAACUAAAAGACCAAGGAACGAUGUUUCGCCACUCAUCGAGGAGGAUUCCCUGCUCAGUUUCGCUAACACCCCGCCCCCACAGAAAGAAACAUUUAUACGCGAAACGCCUACACGUCCAGCACCCGCCAAAUUGGUAUUGCAGCCAUUUGAUCCGAAGUCUUUCGCUGCUAUGCUAGCAAGCGAUUCGGCCUUAGAUGAUGAUGAAACUGCUUUGGAGGAACAGAAAUUCACUAAACAUCUUCCAAUGGACUGGAGUAUCAAAACUAGAGUGCGCAUAUUUUGUCGCAGUGAACUACCUGCAACUACGCUGAAAACAAGUCAACUGGCUAGCGGUCUGACGAGUUUCGUACGCUGCAUUGACACACAAAAAACGCAAUGCGGUUUAGAUAUUUCGCCGGCCACGCGUUUCAACCAGUCGACUUAUUAUUGGCAACAUCCACACAUCCCUUGGAUGACAUUAUUUCCACGCACUGCUAAAACCAACAAUGGUAUAGUGCUUGGGGAGCGCGAACGUAAGGCUCUAGCCGAUGAUUGGGACUACAGUUUCAGAGGACUAUUUCAGUUGCUACGUGCAAGACAAUGUCCCUACUUUUAUCUGUGUGCAAAUUCAUUCACUGUACUAUUUCGUGCAGCCGGCACAGGUGGUUGUGUGGAAACUCAUGCUAUGAUGUCACCAAGUACAAGCGGGCUGCGCAGCGCUUUGCGGCAAGAGGGUAUAGAGUACACUAUGCCGUUGAAAAAGGAUAAUGCACUAAAUAAGUCUGACGAUGGCAACUUCACUGAGGAAAGCAACAGCGUUGAUGAUGCGAAUAAUGCACACAAUGUUAACACCGUUGAAAUGACAAAUCAACAACUUCUGGUGGAUGAUGAUGAAGAAGAUACCGAUAACUUCUUAGAAAAUCUAGAAGUGAAUGAUAAGGAUUUGCGUAGAAUGCAGACUGCACACAUACGUAAACUUAACAUCCAGGAAAUGACCGAUGACUUCAGUGACAAUUCAAUCUUAUUAAUAGAGGGCGUAGAAUGUCAAGGAUUCUUCAGCUUCCUACUCAACGCCAAAAGCACUAUUUCCACUGCAGGAAAGCUGGCUGGUGUUCCACCCACCCUUCUUGCACCCGUCGCUUUUCCCAAAGCUACUAUGCAACAUUUGGCUACACGUUCGAGCAAAGUACGUAUGGAUGGUGUGGACUACAAUAGCAUCGAAGUAAAAGGUGUUGUGCUGCCCUCGUUCUUGCCGUACGCCUGUCAUUUACUAGGCGAAACGAAAGACACAUUUAGCGCAACUCUUGCCAGUAACACCGCUACAUUGGCGUUCAGCAAAGCAACGCAACGUUUGCUAGAACAAGCAGGACCUGUCAGCAAUGAACGGGAGCAACCUAAGGCAGCCCAAGACGAAGCUGCUGGGCAGGUCUUUGGGCAAGAAAACUUAUCCGAUUGCGGCCUUCUUCCUGAUGUUAUAGAGUGUAUGUGUCGCACUGGGCAAAAUGCAGUCACACUAUUGGAGCAUGUGUGUUAUGAUAAAGUCCACGGCUAUGCGUGGAGUUGACAAGUGCUUGCUUAUUGAAGCUCAAUACUGAAAACGUAUCAAGUGAUCAGUUACCGCCUCGAGAAAGUUCUAUUAUAUCAUAUGGCAAUCUUUAAAAAUAAAAUCCUGUAUAUUAGUAACUUGCUUUUGCACGAAUAAAAAAAUAUAUAUACAUA